AAAGAGAGAAGGGUCGCUUAAACGUUUCUCUCUCUGUUCGUUCGGAGGUAUCUUUCUCUUUCUUCUCCCCUUCUCGGGUGUUCUGUCGCCGUAACACAAAGGGGAAGAAAGAGAAAGAACACGGUGGCAUUUUGACCCACCCAAUAGCUUUUGCUCUUCAACGAGACAUAGCUUCUUGUGUGGGUUUCUUCCUUCCAGCUUGGAGGGAUUCGACUUUCUGUCUUUUUCCCUUUUCUGUCCGAUUUUCAUUUGGGUCGUUUGGGGGUUUUGGGUGUUGCUGAAGAUGCUGGUAGCUAAUAGCUUUGAUCUAUGGCGAAAGGACGCUUUUUUCUCUGCGGCGGAAGAGGUGCAGGAAUCGGCUGAUGUGUACGUUCCCCGAUUCGUCUCUUAGAAUGGAAUCUGCUUACAGGGCAUGGUUGAGAGAAAAGAGAGAAAGGUCAACUCCUGCGGAAUUAAAUGAACUAUGUAGGGAGCUACAAACUGCUUUAGGUACUGCAAAAUGGCAGUUAGAGGAGUUUGAGAAAGCUGUCAGGCUAAGCUACCGACAUCAUGGUGAUGACAAUUCAAGCGCUAGGCAUAGGCAGUUUAUUUCUGCCAUUGAAAGCCAAAUUACCCAAGUUGAAGAAGCACUAAGAGAAUCUUUUAUUGAGCAAGGCAAGCAACCCCUUCGGUGGGUACAUCUGGAUGAAGAAGAGCGAGAUGAUCUGGCUGCGUUUCUAUCCGGAACUUGUCAGACCAUAAAAAGCACCACUGAUGAUGAAUCCAUGGAGGGUACCGCCACGAAGAUAAGCUCACUUCAGCAGAAACAAGUCAAAAAAGAAGAUAAAAAUGUAGAUAUAAACACUUUCUGCAACCGUGAUUUAUCUGCUAGUGAAAAGUCUUCUAAGGAUGUCAUUUCUGCUAACAAGGAUGCAAAUUAUGUGAUAGAAAUAAAAGCAGAUGCUGUUUCCAGAAGUAAUGAUGAGAUAGUUUCUCAAACAGAUAGAACAAGUACAAGAAAGACGUGGAAUCCACCUAAUUACGGUGCUCUAAAAAUUGUAAUUGCUGACGAAGAUGAGCCAAGAGAUAAUACUCCACGGACUGUUGAUGCCACCCCUAAAGAAAAAGGAUUCAAAAAUCUAUCCUGGAAACAAAAGUUUGAAGAAUAUCCUCAGGCCAUGCGAGUAGUUCGUAUGUUCAAUCAGCGUUUUGGACGCACUGGUAUAUGCCAGAGCCAGAGACAGUUUCAAAGGCCAUUCCACCCACGAUAUGGGUGUUCUGUUCAAGUUACACUUGUUCUAAUGCUGACCAUUUUUCUUCUUGUUCCCUUUGUACUCUAUUCAUCUUGAGUUAAACGGCAGCUUCGCUCAACCAUUUUACGAGGGCUUUACUUGUGGUUGUGGGUAGAGAAGGUGAGUGGUCAAUCGAGAUCUAAGGCAGUGCCUUUGAUAUAUUUUGGUGGGACAGUGAAGAGAAUCGGCGUGACCUUCUCUUUUGUCGUUGUCGAGAUUAAGAUGAAUUUACCUUUGUGUGGAUACUGAUAGGAUAGCAACCAACCUCUGCGUCCUACAGGGACAGCUUCUAUUUUAGUUUCUAAGGCAUGUUAAAAUGUAUAUACAUUUAUCCAAUAUUUAAUGCAAGUUAAGCUAAAUUGCUUGCAACACUGUUACUGUCUCAAUUCAAUGCAUAUGAUGAGCUGGAACAAACAAA